GUUGGUCUGGUUUACAUGUUCAACCUUAUCGUCGGAACCGGAGCCCUAACCAUGCCGAAGGCCUUUGCGACAGCGGGGUGGCUCGUCAGCCUCGUUCUCCUAAUGUUCCUGGGAUUUAUGAGCUAUAUGACUACGACCUUUGUGGUGGAAGCCAUGGCUGCUGCAAAUGCCCAGCUGCGAUGGAAGAGAAUGGAAAAACGCAAGGAGGAUGAUGAGGAUGAGGAUUCUUCCUCUGGAGUGUCAGACAGUGACGUUCUCCUCCAAGAUGGCUACGAGCGAGCAGAGACACGACCUAUCCUGUCAGUUCAGAGACGUGGCUCACCCAAUAUUUUUGAAAUCACUGAGAGGGUGGAAAUGGGCCAGAUGGCUUCCAUGUUCUUCAAUAAAGUGGGUGUCAACCUCUUCUAUUUCUGCAUAAUCAUCUACCUCUACGGGGACCUGGCAAUCUACGCAGCAGCCGUACCGGUCUCUCUCAUGCAAGUGACCUGUGCCACUGGCAACCAUUCUUGCAGUGUUGGAGAUGGCACAAAGUAUAACGAUACGGACAAGUGCUGGGGGCCAAUUCGACGGAUUGAUGCUUACAGACUGUAUCUGGCAGCAUUCACUCUCCUCCUGGGUCCUUUCACCUUCUUCAAUGUGCAGAAGACCAAGUAUCUUCAAAUCAUGACAUCCCUCAUGAGAUGGAUAGCUUUCAUCCUCAUGAUUAUUCUGGCCCUCAUCCGCAUCAGCAGAGGCCAAGCUGAAGGUCACCCGUCCAUGGCCCAGCUGUCGGGCAUCCGCAACCUCUUUGGGGUGUGCGUCUACUCCUUCAUGUGCCAGCACUCCCUGCCAUCCCUCAUCACACCCAUCUCCAAGAAGAAGCAUGUCAACAAGCUUGUGCUGCUCGAUUACAUCCUGAUCCUGGCUUUCUACAGCCUCCUGUCCUUCACUGCCAUUUACUGCUUCCGCAACGACACCCUCAUGGACAUGUACACGCUCAACUUCACCAACUGCCAGAUCAUCAACGUUGCCUUCAUUCGUUACUUCCUCGGCCUCUUCCCCGUCUUCACCAUCAGCACCAACUUCCCCAUCAUCGCAGUGACCCUGCGCAACAACUGGAAGACCCUUUUCCACAGAGAGGGGGGGACCUACCCGUGGGUUGUGGAUAGGAUUGUCUUCCCUGCCAUCACGCUGAUUCCCCCGGUGCUGGUGGCUUUCUGCACCCACGAUCUGGAGUCCUUGGUGGGGAUCACGGGAGCCUAUGCUGGGAACGGGAUCCAGUAUCUCAUUCCGGCUUUUCUUGCGUACUGCAGUCGGAAGGACACUCAGCUGGUCUUCGGCAGCGGGACGGUUAACAAGCACCUCUCCCCUUUCCGGCACACCUUCUGGAUUGUGUUCGUGCUCAUAUGGGGCUUUUCUUGCUUUGUGUUUGUGACUGCAAACAUUGUCCUGAGCGAGUCAAAGCUCUGA